AUGAGAUGGAUACCGGCUUUUUCGAAACGAACUAUGUUUAUAUAUUUCAUAUUGUUAUUUCUAUUAUAUUUAUUAUAUGUGCUGAAUACUUGUUUAGUUGACGAAAACAAGUUUACGCUAAAGUACGUUUUUCUAAAACGGCACAUAGCAAAUUACAAAAGUUUUGCGUCUCUCAUUGGAUUAAAUGUGGAAGAUACGACAGAUAAGUAUCGAAGACUGAGAAAGAACUUGGUGCCAGUGAAAAGACUGCCGGAUACCUUAAUUAUUGGCGUUAAAAAAUGUGGAACUCGGGCUUUGUUAGAAUUUUUAAGAUUACACCCAGACGUACGGGCUGCUGGAUCGGAGGUCCAUUUCUUUGAUAAGUUUUAUCAUAAAGGCUUCGAAUGGUACAGGGACAAGAUGCCUCCAACCCUGGAGGGUCAGAUCACGAUGGAAAAGACUCCAUCAUACUGGGUAACCCGCUCCGCUCCGAGACGCGUGUCCGCUAUGAAUCCCGCCGUCAAACUGCUCGCUGUGGUCCGCGACCCGGUCACGAGAGCUGUUAGUGACUAUACGCAGUCUGCUAGUAAAAGACCAACGCUUCCUCGUUUCGAAGACCUGGCACUGGUCAACACGUCGAUAGGUUGGGGCGGGGUACCGUGUUCAGUAGUGGACGCGUCUUGGCCUCCCGUCCGACUGGGCGUGUACGCGCGGCCUCUGCGGCGGUGGUUGAGACGGUUCCCUCGGUCGAGUCUGUUGCUCAUAAGCGGGGAAAGACUGGUUGCCGAUCCUGCCGCUGAAAUGGCUAGAGUUCAGGAAUUCCUCGGUCUCAAACGCGUGAUAACAGAGAAGCAUUUCUACUUCAACUCCACUAAGGGCUUCCCAUGCCUCCUGAAGUCUGAGAGUAGCUCUACCCCCCAUUGUUUAGGCAAGAAUAAGGGUCGAAGCCACCCCCACAUAGACCCGGUAGCUAUACAGAGGCUAAGGGACUUUUAUAGACCUUUUAAUGAAAAGUUUUAUGAGCUUUCAGGUACUAAUUUUGGGUGGCCUUGAAACAUAACAUACCCACAUGUUUAUUAAAAAGGGCUAUCCACCGGUUGCUUGGGCAAACACCCAAUUAAAACCCGAGUAAAAAAUAGUCUUAACUUGGGUGUUAUUCAGGUUAUUAGGGACUAAAGUACUGGGUUUUUGAACCCGGUUUGACAAGCCGCAUAUGAGCACCUCUCACAAUUAAUUCAGAAAUUGAAAUAUUUGAGCAAAGGGUAAGGUAGAAAAAUUGACACUAUAGGGAUCGGUAUUUUGUUUGGCACAUUGUCUGGGAAGAUGGUAGUUUAAUUAAGUAAACGGUUUUUCAAUUUAAAAAAUAUCAGGCAGUGCCUUGCAGUAACCUGAAUGUGCUUUGAAAUACGUAGCUAAAUAAAUAAAAAAUAAAACCAAUGUUAUAAACGCAAAACUGAGCCAGUGCGAUGGACCAUCAAUAUGUGUCUAUUACAUUCUAAUUUUGAAGGCUGUGUGGGUGUGUUCCAUUGCCUUCUCAUUUGAAAAAAUGAAAAUACUACAUACUACUUUUAAUUUUGAAUUUUCUCCGCUUGGGUUACAUUGUAUGCAAUUUUAGCGUUAAUAUCGCAAGUUGUUUCUCAUACUUAAUAGACUGCAUAAUAAUAUCAUUUAGUUGUUUUAGAUAUAAAUAAUUAGUCCUGUUUAAGAUUCUAAACUGUUUAGCUAACAAAUGCUCAAAAGUAGGUACUUAAUGUAGAUUAUUUUUAGGUAUACAAAUUACAUAAUUAUUAGAUACUGAUAAAAUUAAUUGACUUUGCUUCCAGUUCCUAGGUAGCCUAAUUAUAAUACCUAAAUAUAAGUAAGGAGUUUUAAGUAAGUAGGUGAUUACUUAUUUGUGAGCUCCAUAAUUUAUACGAUUAUGCUGAGCAGUUCUUUAGUUCCUAUUCACUUAUAAAAAUAGUAAUCGGGACAUAAAACUUAGAGAAAGACGUAAAAUAAGACUAAUUUGUGCGCCAUAAUGGUAAUCUGUCAAAAGUUGCUUGUUUUGCCCGCUAAGCAUAUUUGACAUGUGGCGCCACCAGCAAAAAAUAUUCCAUUAUCUGUAAGUUUCGUGUCCCAAUAAAAGCAAAGUGAUUUAUUUUUCUGCUGAUACCCAAUUAAUGUAAUCUGUUCUAAUUUGUACUUUUACAUAAAUACAUAUUUAAAUCCUCAAGUGUAUUGACAUUCAAAUUUUAGUGCAAUACAAGAAUGCACAACUUAAGAAAUUAGACAUCUUGAAAGGAUGGCGGCAAAAUUAAUGUACUAAAUAACAAUUGAUCAAUCUAAUUAUAUAUUAAAGUACCUAUGCAGUUAUAGAGCAAGCAUGCCACUAAAUAGCAUGCUUAUUUAUUGGCAUUAUUUAUCUGUAGCAUGUUUAUCAUACUUAGCCGAUAGUAGUGUUUAUAUUG